AUGUCUAGCCAGCCCCUCCUGCAGUCAGCUCCAGGCAAGAGAAUUGCGUUGCCCACCCGAGUUGAGCCCAAGGUCUUCUUCGCCAACGAACGAACGUUCCUCUCAUGGCUCAACUUCACCAUCAUCCUCGGCGGCCUGGCCAUUGGCCUGCUCAACUUCGGUGACCGGGUCGGCCAGAUCAGUGCUGCCCUUUUCACGUUCGUUGCCAUGGCCGCCAUGAUAUAUGCGCUAGUGACGUUCCACUGGCGAGCACAGAGCAUCCGGAGGCGGGGACAGAGCGGCUUCGACGACCGGUUCGGCCCCACGGUGCUGGCCAUCGCCCUGCUUGCGGCCGUCAUCGUCAAUUUCGUGCUGCGGUUCCGACAGGGCGCUGCCAAAUAA